UUCUUUAAUUUUAUUUUUCUCUUCACAUCGAAGAUACGAACGAAACUUCGUAUUUUUUUUUUUUUUUUAAAUUUUGUCUGACAAACUAAGCCACGUUCACGCAACUCCACCCCACAAAUUGCUAUAUCUUUAGCUUAACUUUUCUCUGUCUCUGCAUCAUCUUCAAGUUCAAGUCUUGGCCAUGGCGUCUGGACCGUCACUUAGCUCCAAUGGGUUUGAUUUUGGUUCCGAUGACAUCCUCUGCGCACACGAGGACUAUUCCAACCAUGAUUCUUCUAAUGGCAAUCACAGCGAUCCCAGUAAGGAUUUUCACAUAUCAAGGACGGCAAGAACAUCAUUAUCUCCUGCUACUGCCUAUAGUUCACCUGAGGAUUCUUUAAGCCAAAAUGUAAUUGCAGCUGUUGAGAAGAGUAUGAAAACAAAUACUGACAACCUUAUGCGGUUUCUAGAGGGAAUUAGUUCAAGGCUGUCACAGUUGGAACUAUACUGUUACAAUCUUGACAAAUCGAUUGGAGAAAUGCGAUCUGAUUUGAAUAAUGACCAUGGGGAGGCGGAUUCAAAACUCAAAUCUCUUGAGAAACACCUUCAGGAAGUACAGAGGUCUAUGCAUAUUUUAAGAGACAAGCAAGAACUAGCUGAGACUCAGAAAGAAAUAGCCAAGCUUCAACUUGUUCAGAAAGAAUCAUCUUCCUCAAGCCAUCUCCAUUCCAAUGAGGAGAGAUCUUCACCUUCUGCCACAGAUCCAAAAAGAACUAAUAAUGCACCCGACACACGUAACCAGCAGUUAACUCUUGCCCUACCUCAUCAAGUUGCCCCCCAGCAACAGCCUGUGGCACCACCCUCUCAAACUCCAGCCCCAAAUGUGACCCAAGCCACUCAACAACCUCGAUAUUACAUUCCACCUGCCCCUUUACCCAAUCUGCCAGCUAUGGUGCAGCUUCCUCAGAAUCAGUAUUUGCCUUCUGAUCCACAGUAUCGAAAUCCACAAUCAACAUCAUCUCAACUAACCCAGUCCCCACCUGUGCAACAAUUUUCUCAGUAUCAGCAGCCACAGCAACAGCAGCAGCAAUGGCUUCAACAGUUACCUCAGCAGGUGGUGCAACCUCCACAACCACCCUCCGUGCAGUCUCAAAUGAGACCCCCCUCAACAAAUGUUUACACUCCAUACCUCACAAGCCAAGCUCCAAAUCCACGCCCCACAGAAACACUGCCGAACAGCAUGCCGAUGCAAAUGCCAUAUUCAGGGAUUCCACCACCAGGAUCUAGCCGUGGUGAUGCCAUGCCAUAUGGAUAUGGAGGAACUGGUAGAACAGUUCUGCAGCAACCUUUGCCCCAGCAAAUCAAGGGGUCUUUUCCAGCACAACCAGGCGAUGCAUAUGGAACUAGUGGGAACCAUGCCGCGCUUCCUCCUGCUAGUGCAUACAUGGUGUAUGAUGGUGAGGGAGGCAGAGCACAUAAUCCACCCCCACCUCCUCAUUAUGUUCAAGCUGGAUAUCCUUCAACAAGUGCUUCCCUUCAUAACCCUGCACCACAUAAUCUUAUGGUUCGGAAUCAAAGCCAGUCACAAUUUUUUCGCAGCCAUCCCUACAAUGAACUGAUUGAGAAAUUUGUGAGCAUGGGAUUUAGAGGCGAUCAUGCGGUAAGUGUUAUCCAGAGGAUGGAGGAAAUUGGGCAGCCUAUAGAUUUUAACUCUCUACUUGACAGGAUGAAUAUGCAUAGUUCCGUGGGUCCCCAAAGGUCAUGGUCAGGGUAAAGAACUUGUACUGCAUGUCCCGUUUGAACAUUGCUGUCCAGCACGUCCUGUUUGAACAAUGUUAUCCAGAAUGUCCUGUGUGAACAAUGUUGUCCAAGACCGGGAUGUUCCGUUCAAACUGUCAAAUCAUUGCGUGUUUUAUUAUGCAUGGAAUAAACUUUGAUGUAAUGUAUACACGGUAAUACGGUAUUAUUGUAUGUACCAUGUCUGAGAUAGGACGACAAGUAUAUAAGAUUUAAUGUUGAUUCAAGAGAAUUAUAUGAUGUCAUUUAUUUAAAAGAAGUUAAACAUUAGAACAGUGUGAAAUCACCUGGUAAAAAGUAACACUUGUAUAUACUAUAUAGCCAUG